UGUCGACAGACAGAGCGUCUAAAACAGCAGAAAGAUCAGUAUGCUUUGUGCUCUUCAUCGACUAAAAGAUAGCCUACCCCAACCACAGAAAACGUGUGCUAGCUAGACUCCAGAUUAUACCCCUCGGAACCCCCGAUCCGCGAAUUAUAGUGCCGAUGGCGAUUUGCAAUUACGCUUAUUUACUGAUUUACCCACUUGACGAUCCGAGAUGAGUGUGCGCGUUCGCAGUCUCCGCUCGCAGGAAUAAUAAUUACAAAACAAAUAAAUAAAAAGUUCAAUUAAACGCUAAAAAAUCACUUAAUCAUUGUGAGCGAAAUCGUGUGAUCAAAUGGAAGCACCACGGGCCUGUAAAAAUCAUAUAACUGGCGUACUUCAAAGAGUAAACAACUCGGAAACAGCUUACUUCCACUGAAGAAGUCAGAAAGUUCCAAUUCAAACCGAUUUUAACUGAAUUCAACUAUAUUCUUUGUUUUUUUGUGACUGUUUUCUGUGGAAUCUUCAUAGUUUCUUUACAAAUUACAGCAUUUUAAUCAUAACAUAUAACUUAUAUCGUGAUGUGGAAAGUUAAUGUGCUAAAUAUUAUGAAAUAACAAAAUGUAUUAACAAAAUAUAGAUCUAACAACACCAACGGAGUCUGUCAAAAACAGUAUAAUUACCACUAUUUUGAAAAUAAGUAAAGUUGAAUGUAUUUAUUUUCAACUUGUAAAUUCAGUGAAACUUGGCCAUAUAUUUUGCAGAUAAGCAAAAUAACUGUUGCAAUUGCUUAAAUACUUGAAUCUUGCUAUCAAUUUGUGACUUUGCUUUACUACCUAUAAUGCAAUUUCCGCAAUUAUUCAUUCCAACUUGAAACUAAAUUAGUGAAAUGGAACUUUUGGUCUUGUCAAUCGGCUGGACAGGAUAGUAAUGUGGCAACCAUUUAACAAGGCAAACUAGGCACUCUUAAUGGGCCACGCCCACUUUUGGGGAGGCAGGCGGCGGGGAGGGCGUUCAAUCAACCAACUUCUUCUUCGAUAAGCAACAGUUUGCUGCAAUUUAAGUUACACUUUGCCACCUGUCGGAUGCCUCCGACCGCCGACCCCAAGGAGGAUACUCUGCCGAAGUAUCCUUCGGCUCGACAUCCUGCCGACGACAAAUUGACGCCCGCCUGCGCAUCCAGCGUAUAAAAGGACGAAUCCGGCCGCAGGAUUCAUCAGUUGGCCCAAAGGAGCGGCGCGCGUCUCUCAAAUCGGACGCAUGGAAGCCAGAAAAAUUUAAAAUUUGUGUUGUGCCGUGGAAAUUAUUUAAAGUGUUUAUUAGAAAGUAUGUGUGGCAACUGAGGAAGUACAUUUUUUUCAAGUUUAAUUCAAAAAUAAUUUGCCAGUCGAUUCAGCGAGGCCAGCAUGUGAAAAACCGUGGGAAAAAUGCAAUUUUCACGACCACAGCGCUAAACGGGCUGGAAAAGCGGACUGCGGAAAAGCAAGGGACUGCAGGUGGUAAAAAGGCUGUGGAAAGCCGCAAAUAGAGGCGCAGAUUUCGCUUUUUCUGGCCCCGGACUGAGUUCAGAUCCAGAUUUCGACUGGCUAAGCUCGUGCCGCGAUCGGCGUACACUGCCACGCCUCCAGGCACCACGCCCCCGCCCCUAAAACGCCCACUCGACCGCAAGAUGGACCGCAGCGGCAGCUCCGAUUUCGGAGGAGCAGCUGCCACGACGGGCCGCUCGAAUCCCGCUCCCUGGAGCGACGACAAGGAGUCGCCGAACAACGAGGACGACUCCAACGAGGACGACGGCGACCACACAACGCCCGCCAAAGUCACCGAUCCGCUGGCCCCGAAGUUGGCCAACAAUGAGCGCAUUUUGGUUGUGUCCGUGACGGAAAGAACUCGGGAGACCUGGGGACAGAAGGCCGAGUUCCUGUUGGCCGUGAUUGGCUUUGCAGUUGAUUUGGGGAACGUUUGGAGAUUUCCGUACAUUUGCUACCAGAAUGGAGGAGGUGCCUUCCUGGUUCCCUACUGCCUGUUCCUCAUCUUCGGCGGUCUACCCCUGUUUUACAUGGAACUUGCUUUGGGUCAGUUUCAUCGGUGCGGCUGCCUCAGCAUUUGGAAGCGCAUCUGUCCGGCCCUAAAAGGUGUUGGCUAUGCGAUCUGCCUGAUCGACAUAUACAUGGGAAUGUACUAUAACACUAUUAUUGGAUGGGCGGUGUACUAUCUCUUCGCCUCGUUCACAUCCAAGUUGCCAUGGACGUCCUGCGACAAUCCUUGGAACACAGAGAACUGCAUGCAGGUGACCAGUCAGAACUUUAGUGAAUUUUCCACCUCACCAGCCAAGGAGUUCUUCGAGAGAAGAGUGCUCGAGAGCUACAAGGGCAAUGGGCUGGAUUUCAUGGGUCCGGUGAAGCCAACUCUGGCACUUUGUGUCUUCGGGGUCUUUGUACUGGUGUAUUUCUCACUUUGGAAGGGAGUGCGGAGUGCCGGAAAGGUGGUAUGGGUCACAGCCCUGGCUCCCUAUGUGGUGCUGAUCAUUCUCUUGGUCAGGGGUGUAUCCCUACCCGGCGCCGACGAGGGCAUCAAGUAUUACCUAACCCCCGAGUGGCACAAGCUCAAGAACUCCAAAGUUUGGAUCGACGCCGCAUCGCAGAUAUUCUUCUCUUUGGGCCCGGGAUUCGGAACCCUGCUAGCCCUCUCCAGCUACAACAAAUUUAACAACAAUUGCUAUCGGGAUGCCCUCAUCACGAGCAGCAUCAACUGCCUGACCAGUUUUUUGGCCGGCUUCGUCAUCUUCUCCGUUUUGGGGUACAUGGCCUACGUGCAAAAGACCUCCAUCGACAAAGUGGGCUUGGAGGGUCCCGGGCUGGUAUUCAUCGUCUAUCCAGAGGCCAUUGCCACAAUGAGUGGUUCGGUGUUCUGGAGCAUUAUCUUCUUCCUGAUGCUGAUCACCCUGGGACUGGACAGUACCUUUGGCGGAUUGGAGGCGAUGAUUACGGCGCUGUGCGACGAAUAUCCGCGAGUGAUUGGCCGGCGACGGGAGCUGUUCGUCCUGCUGCUCCUGGCCUUCAUCUUCCUGUGCGCCCUGCCCACGAUGACCUACGGUGGAGUGGUGCUGGUCAAUUUCCUGAAUGUCUACGGACCCGGAUUGGCCAUUCUUUUUGUGGUCUUCGUUGAGGCAGCCGGAGUGUUUUGGUUCUACGGAGUAGAUCGCUUCAGCUCGGAUGUGGAACAGAUGCUGGGCAGCAAGCCGGGUCUGUUCUGGCGGAUCUGCUGGACCUACAUUAGUCCAGUAUUCCUGCUGACCAUCUUCAUAUUCUCCAUCAUGGGCUACAAGGAGAUGCUCGGCGAAGAGUACUACUACCCGGACUGGAGCUACCAGGUGGGCUGGGCGGUCACCUGCUCCUCGGUGCUGUGCAUCCCCUUGUACAUCAUCUACAAGUUCUUCUUCGCCUCGAAGGGAGGAUGCCGGCAGAGACUGCAGGAGUCCUUCCAGCCGGAGGAAAGCUGCGGAUCGGUGGUGCCCGGCCAGCAGGGCACCUCGGUGUGACAUGAUCACGCCCAGGUCCACCUCAA